UCUGCCCCGCCCCACCGCUAAACCAGCUUCUGCAUCAGACCUGAAGCAGGUUGCUGUCCCGCAGCUAUCAUGGAGACGCUGCUUAAGCAGGAGCUGGGAUACAGCUCAGUCAAAGCUACGGGUCACUCGGGAGGCGGGUGCAUUAGCCAGGGCCAAAGUUACGAUACGGACAGAGGACGAGUGUUUGUGAAAGUGAACUCCAAGGCAGAGGCUAAAAGAAUGUUUGAAGGUGAAAUGGCAAGUUUAACUGCCAUUAUGAAGACAGAGACAGUGAAAGUACCCAAGCCUAUCAAGGUUCUCGAUGCCCCAGGAGGUGGGAGUAUGCUGGUGAUGGAGCAUUUGGAUAUGCGGUAUCUGAGCAGUCAUGCCGCCAAGCUUGGGGCCCAGCUUGCAGAUCUACACCUUGAGAACAAGAAGCUUGGAGAGCAGCUCCAGAAGGAGGCUGGCACUGUGGGGAAAGGAAGUGGACAGGAAGAGCGGCUCUUUGUGGACCAGUUUGGGUUUGAUGUAGUGACAUGCUGUGGAUACCUCCCCCAGGUAAAUGACUGGCAGAAGGACUGGGUCACAUUCUAUGCCAGGCAGCGCAUUCAGCCCCAGAUGGACAUGGUGGAGAAGAGGUCUGGAGACCGGGAAGCUCUUGAGCUGUGGUCUGCUCUGCAGUUGAAGAUUCCUGACCUGUUCCAUAACCUGGAAAUUGUGCCCUCCUUACUUCACGGAGACCUCUGGGGAGGGAAUGUAGCAGAAGAUUCCUCUGGGCCCAUCAUUUUUGAUCCAGCUUCCUUCUACGGCCACUCAGAAUAUGAGCUGGCAAUAGCCGGCAUGUUUGGGGGCUUCAGUAGCUCCUUUUACUCUGCCUACCAUAGUAAAAUCCCUAAAACCCCAGGAUUUGAGAAGCGCUUGCAGCUGUAUCAGCUCUUUCACUAUCUGAACCACUGGAAUCAUUUUGGAUCUGGGUACAGAGGAUCCUCUCUAAACAUAAUGAGGAAUCUCAGCAAAUGAACUGGCCAGAGGGCAGAGUCUCUUAGGAGUGUGAUGGAUCUUCUAAUAAGAUGACUCCAUGUCUAGAUCAAGUCUUACCAUCAAAGCAUCACUGUGAACUGAGGGAAGUGCCUCAGAGUCAGGUGGUCAGAUUCCAACUAUUUGGUCAAGGAGCUCAUGAUUUCCUCAGUCCUUUCCCUCAUGAAUUCUUCCCUUUUACUCCAUGGCUGGAUUUGCUUAAGAUCCCUUGGUGUCCUGUUUCUAAGCUUUGUAAAGUACGGGUUAUUUCAGAGGAAAGGUUAUAUAAUUCUGAAGUUGUGUACGUUGUAAAACUGGCUAGAUUAGGCCUCCCUGGUGAUGUGAACAGUGACUUAUGAAGUUUAGGUAUAGCGAGCCACACUCUCCUGCCAAGGAAAAGAACUGUGAGUGACCGUGUUGGUGUGGUGGCUGGUGUCCACUGUGCCCUUCUCCCAUCCCUUCCUGUCUGUUAUCAACAUUUCUGAGCUGUUCACAGUGAUGCUUUGUGAUGGCUUGAUCUAGACAUGAAGUCAUCUUGUUAGAAGUUUUGAGUAAUGACCAACUCUAAAAUCAAUGAUAUUCCCUUUGCUGUGUAGCGCUUCUGAACCCUGCUACAAGCUGAGCAGGUCUGGAGAUUGGUUUGGGGACUGAUCAAGCUACCAACUUUAGGGUAACUUGGCUCAGUUUAGGAGCCCAGAAAUAUUCCUGUUAUGUCAGCUUUGUACUGUUUUCUUUUUCUUUUUCUUUUUUUUUUUUUUUUUUUUUUUU